AUGAUGGACACCGGGAAUUUAGAUCUGUCUCAAAGGAUCCUAAUCUCCGAUUCUGCGCGUUCGUAUCGGCAAGAAGUGAGAGGAAAUCCAGAUGAACCACAGGCUUGCGAGAGAGACGGUUCCGGCGGUGCGAGGGACGGAGCUCUCGCUGUCAAUUUCUUGCCGAGGUGCUAUUAUCCUGGAGGGAUCUUCGAGGAGCUCCCGACGUUAGCUCCCGAGUUCCUGCGCUCUCCCGAUGUGAGCGGUCAAGCUUGGGAGAAUGUUACUAAGACUCAGUCAACUCCCAAUAGAGUGAAGAAGCUUCUAAGGGAACGCCAUGGACUAGGGGUAACUUUCUUGAUUCCCUCGGAACACCAGAGGCCUUGGUCACCACCAGUUGGGUAUCAGUGCGUUUACAAAUCCUACUUUCGGGACGAUACGAAGCUUUGGUUCCCAAUUCCUCGACUAAUCACAUCGUAUGCGAGGCGCCGAGAUGCAGCGAUAAGUCAGUUUUUGAAUGGUUCGUGGCGUAUCGCGGUGGCCGUGAUGGUUAUGGCUGCUGAAAUUGAUGUCUCGUUGAGCGUUCGUGUCUUCGAGGAGUUGACGUCCGUCAGCUCGUUAGAUGACGGGCUUCUGUUGAUAAAGAUGUGUCCUAACUACAAUGUUAUAGGAAGGCAUCCUAACAAGACGCCGGAUUGGCAGAGAUCUUAUUUCUUCGUUAAAUGUGAUUACUCUGCCUUCGAAGACCCGCAAGAUGAUGAAUGCCGUGUCUUAUGGAACACUUUGCUUGGUAGAACAUCUUCGUUAACUCAAGAUUGGAUUUCGAGUUACUCUCGUUCUUCCAACAAGACUAAGAGGCGGAUCUCGCUAUUCACAAAGGAGGAGCAGAAGAGAAUCAACGAGGCAAGGAAAAUGAGAGGGCUUCCAGAUCUGAGUGCGAUGAUGAUGGUCGAACUUAAUCUGCCGAGUGUCGAACUACCUGCACCUUCUAACGAGAUGGCGAUUGCCGGCACCACCGACACAAGCCCUCAUCAUCAAGAUUCCUCGGCCGGUACCACUACUUUAGCUCCUAAGAAGAAAAAGGGGGAGAAGAGACCCCGUGACGACCUUCCUGCUAGCGUAGGUUCUGAAGCAGCUCCUGUUGAAGCUGGGAUUCCUAGUCAGGAGGAGACGUCUGAACCAUCAUCAAAAAAGAGGAAGGAAGGCAAUCAGCAGCCUCAAUCUGCAGGGAUCGUGAGGUCGCGAGAGACUGAUGUUGCCAAUUCCGUGUAUCGGAUUGAAUCAGCUGGUGAGCCGGCUCUCAACUUAGCCUCGUUGGAUGAUCUUGAAGACGCCUCUCCCGAAGUUAUGCUGCGUAAGAAGAAGAAAUCCAAAAAGACGGGUGGUCGAGAGAUGGUCGCUAGUGCUCUAGCUUCGUCGACCCCUGGAACGUCAGCCGUCGGUGCUUCAUCUCGGAAGAAGACUCUGAGGGUCAAGUUUCCUGAUCACGUGUCGUUCGAGUACGACGGUCCCACCCCGCUUAUUUAUGCUCCUUAUAAAUGUGCUGAGUUGGUCAGCCAGAUCAAAUGCGGGCCGAAGGCUCUUCCAUCCGUGUCUGAUUUGAUCUUUAAGGAUGAGUACGUCGACACUGCUCGCACUAAAUUACUGGGCGGCAGGAGCAUGAAUUUCGUUGUUGAGAAAUACGACACAGCCUUGAAGAAGACUCGCGAAGCCUUGAGAAAGUCGGAGAAGGCAGUGGCGGCCAAGGGUAAGCUUCUCCGGCGGAAGAAAGUGGAAUGGAGGGAUGAGUUCGUGAGGAUAGCCGAGAAGAGAGAAUGA